AUGGAGAUUAAUCCACGAAAUGAUUCGAGAAGAGGAGGAGGAGGAGGAAACUGUAUACAUUCGAUUGAUUCGCACUCAUUUCAAGGACUACUAUUACUUUUCAUACUUGAUGUUUUUCUAUUUACUUUGAAAUCCUGGAUACUAUUCACAGCAUUAUGUUGGAAACUAAACACACACGUGUGCAAUUCACACUGGCUCACUUUGAAAGCAAAUCAAUCUUAUCUCCCACGAGAUAUUUCGCUUUUUAUCCAAACCAUUUUCUUUACUCCGCAAGAUAAAUCAUUAACUUUCAAUUGA